AUGGAUCCAUCACGACCGCAACCACGACCAAACCCAGCCUAUACGGCUGACCAAGCCGUGCCCAGCGCACAAAACAAGCAUCUUGUCCAGUUCGCAGACAACCUCGCGUCCCAUGUGAUUCCCGGCAUCGUCACAGCCCUGAGAAAGAAUCAGGCGUCUGGCGUCCGGGCAAUUCACAUUGUCUCUCCUUAUUCAACUGGCAAAAGUACCCAAAUGGUGCCAGAAAUCUGGACACGCAUCAUAUCCAUGUGGCCGAACUCGCGCGGGACAUAUGUCCAAGCAACUGAAUACCAAGCAUACAGCCUUCACAGGCACCUUCAGACAACAAACGUUACAUUUGGAAAUGUCCUAGGCAAAGCAGAUCUAUACACGACUGCCAGUGGCCCACCGGCCAAUACGCUUACCCUUACUAUUUACAAGAGCUUGGAAGGAAUUCUUGCCGACAAAAUCCAACAACGCACCUCGGAACCCCCCCUUGGUCCGCUCACUAUUUUCAUUGAUCUGGAAAAGGUCCCCAGUAUUCGUGUCCAAGUCACGCUCGGUCUCUUGGUGACCUGGCUCUCCCAAGUCGCACCUCGGGCGGCUCAGCAAGGUCACAAUAUCACCCUGGUGACCUUGGCAGGCCACGAGGCGAGUGAUGUGUAUAAGACACUUCAUAGCUUUCUUGGUACAGAGGUUGCGCCACUUGUUCUUUCAGUUCCAGAUCCUCAACUGCCAAGACAGGUAGUCUCCAUCCGUGACAAGAGAGAUGACCAAGCCCCUGGGAUCUUGCAGAUACUUGUCGACGAUUUCAAGGACUUCUUGCAGUCUCCGGAGGACUUGCACCUUCCACCACCAUGCAUUGUUGUAUUCGUCUCCGAGGUUGAAGCCAACACACUGCUUGGUCAGCCCUUGUCUGAAAUGAUUGGCGACGAGCAGCAACCUCCCAUCCCUAUACCCAUACAUCACCUGACUGCCAAGUCGAGCGAAGGAGAUGUACAAAAGAUUACAUUGGCGCAGCACCCGCAGAUUAUUCGCGUCGAUCCCUCAUUUCAAUCAGUCUUGUCAGUCAACGCCACUCAUGUCAUCUCCUUGGGUCGCAAGAUCAUUCGCAUCUAUGAAGAACACUCCAGCCAGUUUGUCUCGUCCGCUGUCCGGCUGAGCAAGAAUGAACUAAGCUGGGAGAAGGCCUGGGCAGCAGCCUCCAACCUUUCAAGUGUCAAGCUAUUGACAGCAGAUGGUGACGCGAUGCCUCUGACGAGGCCAGAGAACCCUCUCGAAGGCGACCUCAUGUACCUCGCCUACAGUCUUGUCUACCAUUGGGGGUCUACCGAGUGGAAGUCGAUCCCGAUUCCCUGCCUUCCCUACACUAACCCAGUUCAUCUCAACGAAAUGUCAAGGCGCAUUGAAAUCAUGUCAGUGGUCAAGCAGGAUCCCAGCGGUGCUUGGCAGGUUCCACCUAGCUUGCGUUAUUUUAACGACUUGCUCUACACGCCUCUUAAUGAACCGCGUAGUGUUCAGCUUGCCUGUCUGAUAUCACACAUUUACGAAAUGAGACAAACUCUGUCUACCAAGGCUGUCCGUCUACUCAUUCGUCUAGCAGCAAUUAUUAGCUGUGGCAUUGCGAAGCUCAUGAACAUUGAUGAGGAGCAAAGCAGCAAGUCUGGUCUCAAAUCCCUGGGAUUUCGAAAUAGUCUCAUCUUCCAACUGGACAUUGCAGCAGCUUCGUCUGGAAUCGGCCAAACUAUGGUAUGCUACGGAUCACUCUGGGCCGCACUUGGUUUGUGGCAAAAACAAGUCGUCGAAACCAAAGGAUUCGAGAUCCUUGGGAACCAUGGCAAGGAUGGCACAAUCAAAGUGGCCAAUACUGCAGUCACUUUGCAUCUUGCUACAUGCAAGAAAGUCUUGGAACGUGCCAAACAGCUAGAGGGUGUGGUCGAAUAUGCACUUCUCUCCCCUGACCAGGAGAUUUCAGAAACCACCGCGGACGCCCUUGGACUGGAACAAGUCAACAACAUUCUCCUGCAGUCUUACAUGCACCAACAGGUACUAUUCAGACCCUUGAGAUCAGGCAGCAACGAACUUGACUCUAUUGAUCUUAUCUCUAGUCGAAAGGUGACCGUCAUGUUGCCUACUGCUCGCAUAAUCGAUGGCGAAUCGAUCGGAGCGCAACAAGAGACUAAUAACGGCCAACGGGCCCCCUUUUCUGCCAUAUAUACAUCCAUACAUGACGGAGACGAUGGAAACCUGCAGCCAGAAGAUUUGACAUUUGUUCCUUAUAAGUCUCACAAGCAUUUAAGGUCCAUACUGCCUUGUACCAUUUCCCUAGCCCUGAGAUCAUCAAGCAUAACAAGGUAA